AGUUCACACCUCCUUCAUCAAACACUCCCACUGAUCAUGACACGCACACCUCGUCUGACAAACUAACAGUGCUUUAGAUGAACGUCAGAGCGAACGAAGCAUUCAUAUUGUUCUCAUCCUGAGAGAUAUUAGAGGAGAAGAAGCAGUCUGACAGACAUGUUUGAUCCAACCACAGAACGAGCUGUCGUGACAGGAAACUCUGGUCCGGUCCCUACAGCCAGCAAUGUCUCAUUCUUGGACUCUGAGUUUCGUUAUGUCCUCUUCCCAGUUGCCUAUGGCAUCAUCUUCAUCCUGGGCCUCUUUGCUAACCUCUACGUGCUGUUCGUCCUGCAGUCCCUCCGGGAAGCUAAGGCCAUGGGCGAAAUCCGCAUCUACAUGACCAACCUAACCAUCGCCGAUCUCCUUUUUGUGUGCGCCCUUCCCUUCUGGGUCGGCUAUUACAGUCGACACGGUAACUGGGUCUACACAGACUUCAUGUGCCGGCUGACGGGGUCAUUGUUCUUCAUCAACACCUACUGCUCCAUUCUCUUCCUCGGAGCCAUCAGUGUCAACCGGUACUGGGCAGUUACCCGGCCUCUGGACGCAGCCUCCUCAGACCAUAGGCGCCGUGGGAUUAUCGUGUGCAUUGUCAUCUGGGCAUUGACCGUAGCGAUGGCUGUUCCAUUUCUGGUAUCGCCAGGGACCAACACUGACGAGAACAACAACACUCGUUGUUUUGAGGGGUACCAGAGUGAAACAGAUGUGCAGAAGAAAACAGUGGCUGCCUUUCAUUUUGCAAUAAUUGCAAUGUUUUUUGUCAUCUUUUUUCUUGUUGUGGUGUGCAAUUCCCUUAUUGCUCGGGCAUUACUCUCUCAAAAACCUCCUCAAUCGGAAUUUCAGAUCUGCUACAAUACAUCCAGGAAGUCCCACAGGACCAUGUCCUCUGCAGCUCAAAGGCCCAGAGGGGUGAAACGGAGGGCUCUCCAGAUGUUGCUGGCAGUGGUGGGAGUGUUUUCUCUGUGUUUCCUGCCCCACCACGUAAUCCAAGGUUUCUGGACACUGGCGGUGUUGCAGAUCAAAAACGGCUGGGGCCACGUGGACUGGGACCAGGAUACUCUUCAGAUGCUCAACGACGCGCAUCAGAUCACCUUGCUUCUCAUGGGCCUCAACUGCAUUUUGGACCCUGUAGUUUAUUUCUUCGCCACAAGGAAGUUUCGAAGGUUCAUCGUGUCCCACAUUAAAAGGUUAGGAAAGGGGGAAGGGUGUUCAAACACAGUCAUCUCUCAGAUCUCUAUGGACAGCAGGAAUCAGAGCCAGAAACUUCACAGCGAGAACCAACAACCAGAAAUGGAUUGAUUGAAACAUCUGUAAACAACUGUUACUUGUAUAGUAUUUUUUCACCUCUGGAACUGUGGGCAGUUUAAGGUUUUAUGUCACAUAAUGAGUUGACUUUACACCCUCAUGUUCUCUUAUAAGAAGUUUGGUGUGUGACACAUUCUCUUGACUCUGACUCUGAAUUUCACCAGACUUCAGCCUCCUUCACUUCCUGUGUGAAGCACAAGCUGGAAAGCAGAAGUUUUGCAAGCAGAAGAACUCAUAAAAACAUGUACAACUCUAUAGUGACACUUUUAUCAAUUCUUAAAAAUAACUGGUGUAACAACAGACACAUUAUUUAAAUCCUCACACGGGUGUUGCUUUGCACAAAGUACAUUGCAUAAAAAGCAAUGGAGAAGUUAGCAUAUAUUUUAAACAUAUAUUCAGAGCGUCACAACCUCUUCUGUGCUGUCACAAGAUUACACAUAGAUGUCAUCUUAGUGACUAACACCACCACCAAUAUGUGAUGAUGAUGUUGUCGUUGUCAUCACCCAUCAAAUAAGGCACGGGUUUCUCUAGCUUUGCCUGGACAAGCUCUGUCUUGUCUUGUGUUUUCUGAAACCAGGGAACAGGAGUAAUAAUGCUACAACUAUGUUUACCCUCUGGCAUCCAAUAUUGUGACAUUACCAUUAUGUUUCAUGGUAAAAAUCCCAUGAUUGACUGUGACAAAGAAAGAUGUAUAUAUCUGCUGUAUAUGUAGCCUACUGUGCUGUGUUUUUAAUAUACUGUGAGCUUACCUGCUGUUGCAAAACAGAUUUAUGAUGCAUUUUUUAUUAAGGGGAACAGCUUUUAUUAUGCUAUAUUGAAUGCAAAAUUUUGAAAUGUGAAAAGUAUUAUUUUUAUCUUUCAAAAGGAAAAUAUGCUGGUAUUUGUAAUAAACUACAUCUUGUAAUUCAAA